AGUGAUGUGAUGUCUGAUAAGCGUCAGCGUGCCAGAGUCCAGGGCUCCUGGGCCAAACAACUGCCAAAACACUCUGGACCAACGGGAGCAGCCCCAAACAACCAACAACCCAAAAAUCUCAACCAAGUCCCUAAUUCUUGGGGAUGUGGGCCACAGAAAACUCCUAAGACAUUUGAGUUUCACCAACCCACCAAGCCAGUUAGAGAUGUUCCACCCGAGAAGGUGAUAGAAGAAGCAGGUGAUUAUGAGAUCAGCCAUGGACCGUCAGGAGUGUCUAG